AUGAAAAAUUCCGCAGUAGAUCAUGUUAAUGGCUUCCUGCUAUUUAAGCAGCUGUUUGGUGUAUUGUUUCUGUCACAGCACGAUGGAAGUAAUGGGAGAAGACAUACGCGGGUGUCCAGAAAGCAGCACCGUGGAUGCAACCAUUGCGAACCAUCUACAGAAGUGCUUUCUGACGCCGCAGCACUUGACACCGUUGAACCCGCCACAAUUCUCAUCGCUUCUUGA